AUGAAUAACACGACUUUUGUUAAGACCGCAUUGGCUCUAAACAAACCCUUUGUUAACAACUUAUUGGCUCUAAUCCUUCUCGGAUUAGUGGUAUUCUUUAUAUUUGGAUUCGGAAUCUCCGGAUUUACUAUUGGUAAAUGCUUGGUAGCUUUCCUUCUUGGAGGAUUGCUUGCAUUUGUAUAUGGAAAAUACGUCGCAGAAAUAUCUGCUUUCUCUAAAGAACAGGGAAUAUUGCUGAAGGAGCUUGAGGCUGCCUACUUAAUGAACAUCAGACUCUUGGAUGAAAAUGAAGAAAGGAGUUGCACGGAGGAAUUUCUAGAAGAAAUAUAUGCAGACUUGGCGAGGGAGUUGGCGGAAGAGAAAUCUCGCGCUGAAGAGCUUACCAAAGCUCGUGAGGAAGAUCAGGCGAAGCUGAGGGAAGCUGAGAACGCAAAUGAAGAGCUUGUUUCUCGUAAUCUUUUCCUCAGCAAGGAAAACAACGACUGUCACGAGGUGAUAAUAAAGAUAAAUAAGGAGGUAGAUGAGCUGAAGGAAGAACUCAACCGCAACGGCACAGAAUUUGCAAGGAACGCAGAAGUAAUUCAAGAACUGCAAAAUCAAGUCAAAGAUAACGAGGUAUACUGCAGUUUUCUCGAAGAAAAGGUAAAGGAUCACGAGGCAGAAAGAAAAAGAUUGAAGCAGCUGGCAUCAGAACGCGAAGAAAAUCGACAACAUUUGCUAAAAGAAGUAAAUGUUCUUCGAGCCACAAAUUACGAUCUUCAGAACAAUCUGGAAAAGGAGGCCCGAAAUAAUAUAAAUUUGGAAAGGAACGUGGAAAUGCUUGAAGAUCAAAAUAAAAACCUCGAACGGGAUUUGGCUCAGAAGGAAACUCAAAUUGUCACGUCGAUGGAAAUGCUGAACGUUGAAAGGAGGAAGAAUGAAAUCCUGGCUGAAGAAGUCCAGGUGAUGAAAAGUUGGAUCGCUCAACUAGCUGGUGAAAAGGAAAAACUGAAAGAUACAUUCGUCGAAAAGGACUUGGAAAUUAGCUCAGUGGUCCGAAAUAUGGAAAAAGAGAGAGAAAAGAAUCAAGUUCUGGCUGAAGAAAUUCAAGCACUGAAAAAAUGGAUCGCUGAGUUAGCAGGCGAGAACCAAAAUCUCAAAGAGAGAUUGGCAGAAAAGGAAUUGGAAGAGAAUGAGGUGGAGAAACUUUCAGAAAAGCUGAAAGUGACAAAAGAAGAGAUGAGAGAAUUGGAGAGUACCUUGAAACAGGUACAGGAGCGACUUAAGGAGGCAGAAGAAAGACCUAAGGAGGAGCAGACGCUGGAACAGGAGAAGGAAGAAGAAAACGAUUCGAAUAAAGUUCAUGAAGAGGAGGCGGAAUUCGCGGACAAUAGAGGAUAUUCUCAGGAGGAAAACGGAGAAGUAGAUCGAGAGAAUGAUGACAGUCACAAAAAUAAUCAAGAGGAAAAUAAUGAACUGAUCAUGAAAAAGGAUCUCGAAAAGAACGGGACAAAACCUCCGGGCCAAGAGGACAGCAGCAGGAGGUCCGUCGUCCAGUCUCUGACCCUUCAAACGCAUUGCGAGAAGCUGCAUAGUAUCAUGUUAUACCUGCAGCAUUUCAGGAGCUCCUCCUGA